UUACUUUUGUACGCAAACGCUUACUAGUAUUCCUCGUCGUGCUGUACGGCGGGCGCAAGCGUAAACGCUGAACCACCACCGGCGAAGCCACCAUGGCCGCCGCCGCUGGCCGCGAAAACGGUGAUGAGUCCCCCUGCCGGGCGGCGCUCCGGGAGGCCUUCGGCGACUCCUCGGACAGCGACUCAGAUGCGCCCGCUGGGGUCAACUCCGGAGCGGGCAGCAGGCCAUGGGGGUGGGAAGCUGUGGCGGGGAUCAGGGGGCUGUGGCUCUGCGCCUCCUUCCUCUCCGCGGACGAGCAGGCGCGGCUCCUCGCCGCGAUUCAACGAGAAGGAUGGUUCAUUGAUGCACACAACCAAGCAAUGAGAUUUGGCGAUCUCCCUUCAUGGGCUGUUGAACUUUCCUCGCUUAUACGUGAAGCUAUAUGUGUUGGUGAUGUCAAUGUUGGUGUUGAGUUGACAAACGAUGAUGAAGAUGCAUGUCCCUUGCCAUCAGAUUUGCUAUGGAGGGAGCCUUUUUUUGAUCAACUGAUUGCAAACAGAUACAAGCCAGGUGAGGGUAUCUGUGCUCAUGUUGAUCUAAUGCGCUUCGACGACGGAAUUGCGAUAGUCUCUCUCGAGUCACCUUGUGUGAUGCACUUCAGUCAAGCAGAACCAGGAAGCACAGCCUUUGACACCCCGAAGCAAGGGGACGGUGAAUGUACCAAGGUCCCCGUCUUCCUGAAUCCAGGCUCCCUUGUUCUCAUGUCAAGAGAUGCAAGAUAUCUCUGGAAACACGAGAUAAACCGCAAACCAGGUGCGCAGCUAUGUGAUGGCAAGGAACUAGAGCAGAACAGAAGAACUUCUGUUACACUAAGAAAACUCUUGGCUUCUCCAAACUGAAAUGGACAUUACAGUGAACAGUAGAUUUCUCCGGAUUUCUGCAUUUCCAAGGCACUUUUACGGUUACAGAGUUGGUACUAAACCCAAACGGCUGACACUGUUGCGUAAUGUUAGAAUUCUGGUGAUAUUACACUUUUUUUUUGUUGAAGUAAACCAUGAAAAUUGUAGUGUGAUGCGGUUGCUAAAGACAACCAGCAUUGGGUUAGAGAACUAUUGUUGAAUGUUUCAAGUUCAGCUCAAUAUUAUUGGCAGAAUGAAGUAGCAUUGUCCAAGCAUGCAAGUUCCAUUUUCCUUGUUGAAAUGAAGCAUGCAAGAAGUUGGUUUUUUUUUACAA